CCUGUUUUAGCCCCUUAAAGAGGGUGUACUUAAUUAAGGUUAACGCCUAGUUACAAUACUUAAAGAUAUAAAUUAAGAAAGAGUUCUUCCUUACUAGCUUCUAGACAGCCUAUUACAAGGCUAUUACAAAAGACAAUAUCUAUAGAGGCUUUAGAGGCGCAGGACUAGUUCCUUUUAACCUAGAGCGAGUGCUAUUGAAGCUUGAUGUGGUCCUUCGCACGCCAACACUACCACCACCAGAGACUACCCCAUAGGGAUCCAAAACACUAACCAGCGCAAAGGAGGUUGAGUCACAAACGUUGUAUAUCUGUGAGCGCAUGCGAUUGCACAGAGAUUCGCCCCUGUCUCCUAUUAUGAAAUCACUUAACUUGCUUGCUAGAGGGGUUGCGUGGAUAGACCAUGCCAACGUGUUGCAGAGAAGGGAAAUAGAUAGCAUAAAGAAGGCUAUUAAGGCUCUAACAGCGCAGUGUGGUCGCAAAAGAAAGUAUAUCUAGACAGAGGAGGCUCUCACAGUUAGUAAGGUACAGGAUAUAAUAGCUAAGAAGGACAGUGGUGGUAGUGAGGCAUCUGAACAGUCUAGGAAGAAGGUGCGCAAAGAGAGGCACUGUGGACGUUGCAGCAAGACUAGCCACAAUUUGCGCACCUGCACUGCAGAAAUAUUAGAUGUAGAUAAUAGUGCUGCUUCUAAAGAGUAAUUGUAGUAAUUAUAAGUAUUAGUACAGUG